AUGGCGGACUUCGGCAAGUCCAAGUCCAUGCCGGAGCGCGGAGAGCUCAUGCCCGAUGAGAUCGUGGGCAGCAAGGUGAGAUGCCAUGCGGUGAUCUACAUCGACCCCUACUUCGUGCAUUCAGGCGUGCUGAUGGAGAGCAGUGACGUGUACAGCUUCGGGGUGGUGCUGCUUCAGCUGGCCACGGGGCAGCCGCCGCUCAUCCAGCACGUGCCCCUCAGCCAGGUCGUGCUGCACCUCAUCUUCGGCCCGCAGGGCCUCGCCUCCGUCAUCGACCCACGCCUCCAUGACGCCCUGCUUGCCAUAGCCGCCGCCGCCGCUGAUGGUGCCGAUGCUGCUGCUGCUGAGGGUGUAGUUGCAGGCGGUGCGGGGGAGUGGGAGAAAGGGGCAGUGAGCGUAGGGGAGAUGGUAGCCAGGCUGGAGGAGACGUUCAGCACGUUCCUGCGCAUCGCGCUGUGGUCCACCACGGAGCACCCCACCCUGCGCCCUCACAUGGAGCAGGUCGUGUCGGUUCCCUAG